GCAGCAGCAGCCGGCAAGGAGAGAGCAGCAGCAGCGGCGGCGGCGACGGCGGCGGCGGCGGAGGCGCCCGGUCCCGGCCCCGCGAAGCGGACAUGUGCAGGCUGGGCUAGGAGCCGCCGCCUCCCCCCCGCCCCGCGAUGUAUUCAGCGCCCUCCGCCUGCACUUGCCUGUGUUUACACUUUCUACUGCUGUGCUUCCAGGUUCAGGUGUUGGCAGCCGAGGAGAACGUGGACUUCCGUAUCCAUGUGGAGAACCAGACGCGGGCUCGCGAUGAUGUGAGUCGGAAGCAGCUGCGCUUGUACCAGCUCUACAGCAGGACCAGUGGAAAGCACAUUCAAGUCUUGGGCCGUAGGAUCAGUGCCCGUGGCGAGGACGGGGACAAGUAUGCCCAGCUCCUAGUGGAGACAGAUACCUUCGGGAGUCAAGUCCGGAUCAAGGGCAAGGAGACAGAGUUCUACCUGUGUAUGAACCGAAAAGGCAAGCUCGUGGGGAAGCCUGAUGGUACUAGCAAGGAGUGUGUGUUCAUUGAGAAGGUUCUGGAAAACAACUACACUGCCCUGAUGUCAGCCAAGUACUCAGGCUGGUAUGUGGGCUUCACCAAGAAGGGGAGGCCUCGCAAGGGUCCCAAGACCCGGGAGAACCAGCAAGAUGUGCACUUCAUGAAGCGUUACCCUAAGGGACAGGCUGAGCUGCAGAAGCCCUUCAAGUAUACCACCGUCACCAAGCGUUCCCGGCGGAUCCGCCCCACUCACCCUGGCUAGGUCCGGCCACACUCACACCUAGAGAACUACACCAGAGGAAUAUUUUUACACGAAAAAUAAGGAAGAAUCUCUAUUUUUGUACAUUGUGUUUAAAAGAAGACAAAAACUGAACCUAAAGUCUGGGGGGGGGGGUAGGAUUCUACCGUUGACCAGAACCCCAUGACAAAGGACUCGCGAAAGGGGACUGCUGUCAACCCACAGGUGCUUGCCUCUCUCUAGGGGGUGACAAUUCAAAACUCAUCCCCAGAGGAGGACUUGAAUGAGAAUGACGCUGCGAGAAACCAAAGUCCUUUCCCCAAAGGUUCUGAAAGCAAAACAAAAACAAACAAAAAAAAUAGAAAAAAAAAAGUAGUGCCCCUCCCCCACCCUAGCCCUUCCUUCCUCCCUCCCCCUCUCCCUGCCUUAGACUCCAACAAGAAUCGCUCUCUGGUUUGCAGUCAUUUAUUUAUUGUCCACUGCAAGCUGUCCCGCGACACCGCGCAGGGAAGGCGCCCCCCCCUGAGAAUUCUCCGCGCCUCGACCUUCCGACGACAGACGCCUCGUCCAAUCAUGGUGGCCUGCCUUGCCCGCAGUUCUGGAGGAUGCUGCUAUGGACCUUCCGUGACUCACGUGACCUAGUACACCAAUGAUAAGGGAAUAUUUUAAAACCAGCUAUAUUAUAUAUAUUAUAUAUAUAAGCUAUUUAUUUCACCUCUCUGUAUAUUGCAGUUUCAUGAACCAAGUAUUACUGCCUCAACAAUUAAAAACAACCCACAAAUUAUUUAAGAAA